AAGCACUGGUUUGGGUUUAACUAAAGGAAAGGAUAGUUGGAGAGUGCCAACAUUUUCUACUGACAAAAGAAAACCAAGCCAGCUUUCUCUUCUGUUAAGUUCCAUGCUCAGUUGACCAACUCUGUUUUCAUCUUUUCUGAGACCCAUGAAAAUAGAGUAAAAAGAGAAAAUAUCCAAAUAUAGAAGCUGAAUUUAACAAGAUUAGAAAAACCUAAACUAUGUUAUGUUCUGGUAGACUUGCAAUCAAAUAAUUACAGUCAUUUGGUCAAUGUCUGAUUAGUUCAAUGAGAGAAGAUGUUUGGCUAUAUGGCCAGAUACCAAAAAACAAAACAAAACAAAACAAAAUCAUUUUUUUAAAGGAUCACUCUCUCUACGUAAUAAUCAAUCGUGUUAUGACAAUUUUGUAAUACUGGGAUAGGUCAUCCAAGCAACUAAGGAAAUGGUAAUGCUUUGCUCACUUUAAAGAAAAAAAAAAAAUCAGCAUUUCCAAAGUUGGCAUAGUCACACAAAGUCAAAACAAGACUCAGAGGCAAAGGAAAGGGGCCGAAACCCUGAGAACCAUAAAAUGACGAAUGAGAAAACUCCUCCCCAUGGAAGAUAUUCAGGUAUAUAAAAGGCACAUGAUGGAACACUUAAGACCUAAAACAUCACUGUCAAUCUUGAGUCUGGAUGUUUAGCUUAGGAAGAAAAAAAAAAAAAAUGAACACUAAGCCUGAUGUGAUUCAAAAGUGUUUGUGGCCUGCAUGCCUUGUAGGUCUGUUCAUCCCUGGCGCCCUCUCUCUGCACUGUAACUUGCUGCAUCUUCACCUGAGGGAAGUCACCUGGCAAAAUCUGAGACUUCUGAACAGCAUGAGCAAUUCAUUUCCUGUAGAGUGCCUAAGAGAAACCAGAGCUUUUGAGUUGCCCCAAGACAUCCAAUCACACACCCCACCUGGGAAAAGGUACCUCAAGGAGGCCUUCUACAAAAUGUCCACACAGGCCUUCAACAUCUUCAGAGAGUCCACCACCAAAUCCACUUGGAAAAAGAAAUACCUGAAACAAAUCCAAAUCAGACUUGAUUGGCAGAUGCACCACUUGGAAAAAUGCUUCGAGGAAGAGGAGAAAGGGAAGGAAGACUCGAAACAGAUGGAAGAGGAUGGGAUGGGCUUCUCAGGAGCUAUGGUCUCCCAGGUGAGCAGCCUAGAACUGAGGAGAUAUUUCUAUAGGAUGUACAACUUCCUGAAAGAUAAGAAAUACAGUCACUGUGCCUGGGAGAUCAUCCGAGUGGAACUCAGAAGAUGUUUCUACUACUUCUAAACACUACUACUCAGGAAGAAAUAA